AGAGUUUGCUCAGCGUCCCGCCAGACGGCACUGCCUUAUCAUUUCUCAUAUUCCCGCUUGCACGAAGAUCGUGCACGUGUCAACAUCAACAACGACCCCGGGAAAGGUGUUGGCGGGGACGGUGCGAUUGACGGUGUCGGUGACCCUCCAGUCCAUUCCAGUCUCAGCACUGGUGCUCGCUCAUCGCUGGUCCAUUCUCUCAGUGCUGAUCCACGCCCCAGCCCGACCAACCCUGACCGCUAGUUCGCCGUGGUCAGCUCGGAAGCCACAAAAGAGCGGCGGGAAUCUGUCAGCCAUCUUAGACCACCUUCAACGCGGAUACGACAAAAGACUGAGGCCCAACUAUGGAGGCGCCGCCGUCGAAGUGGGGAUCACCAUGCACCUUGUCAGUAUUUCAUCUCUGUCCGAAGUCCGAAUGGACUUCACAAGCGACUUCUUUUUCCGUCAAUUUUGGCAAGACCCGCGGCUGGCAUUCGAGGCGCAGGACGGCCUGGUCACGCUCAACAUUGGCUCCGAGUACCUGAAAAACCUGUGGGUGCCCGACACCUACUUCCCCAACGAGAAGACCAGCUACUAUCACCUGGCCACCACUUCCAACGAGUUCCUGCGCAUCAAACCGGCCGGAGAUAUCCUGCGCAGCAUACGGCUGACCAUCACGGCCUCGUGUCCGAUGAAUCUCAUGUUCUUCCCCAUGGAUCGACAGCUGUGCGAACUGCAAAUAGAGUCGUUCGGCUACACGACCACCGAGAUCGGCUAUAUCUGGAAGGACGGGGCACACUCGGUUAAAGUGGAGAGCGGCGUCUCGCUGGCUCAGUUCAAAAUAAUCGGUCACAGACAACGGACUAUUUUAUUUCAAACGUCAACAGGAAACUACUCCCGUCUGGCGUUGGAAAUCCAGUUUGAGCGCUCCAUGGGCUACUACCUGAUCCAGAUGUACGUGCCGUCAAGUCUCAUCGUCAUCAUAUCAUGGGUGAGCUUCUGGCUGAAUCGCAACGCCACGCCUGCCCGAGUGUCUUUGGGAGUAACAACCGUGCUCACCAUGACCACCCUCAUGUCAUCCACAAACGCAGCCCUGCCCAAGAUCUCCUACAUCAAGGCCAUUGACGUCUACAUGGGAACCUGUUUCGUCAUGGUGUUUGCAUCUCUCUUAGAGUACGCCUACGUGGGCUACAUUGCCAAGAGGAUCGGCAUGCGGCGCACGCGACUGAUGGCCAUCCAGAAAAUGGCCAUCGAGAAGAUGCAGCGGGACGUUCGUGACCACACAGCCAUGGUCAUGGCCGACGAGCACACGUCCAAAUCUGCUAUGAGUACACUGCGGCGGGGCCACUCGGGUCACGGCGCCCACCACGGCGGCCACGGCACCCACUCGUACCAGUGCGGCCCGCAGCCCUGCGCCGACCAUCGAGAGGCGCACACCUGCGAGGUGAGGUUCAAGGUGCACGAUCCGAAGGCCCACUCGAAGGGCUGCAUUCUGGAGAACACCAUAAACGGCGGGAGGCAUGACGAGGAGUCGGCCAACAUGGCGUCGCUGUUGAAGAGCAAGAAGGUCAACAAGCUGUUGGGCUGCAGUCCCUCGGAUGUGGACAAAUAUUCGAGGAUCGUGUUCCCCGUGACGUUCAUCUGCUUCAACCUCAUGUACUGGAUCAUCUACCUGCACGUCAGCGACAAGGUGGCUGAGGGCCUGGUGCCGUUUGUGAAGAAGUAGGCACACCGUAGCGUCGGUCCGCCGCCGCCGCCGCUCACCAUCCGCGGCCGGGCCGGCGUCGGCAGCGCGGCGUUUUUAUAAGUAUUUUUGUAUGGAGCCACUGUAUUCGGCGCGUGUUGAGUAUACAGAGGCGAUGGUGUGGCAGCAGCACCAUACCCCUGGGUGGAGCGGUGGCAGACAUUUCGGCACAGCCUCGGUUAGUGGGAUAGGCUGGAGGGGAUGUCUGAAAGGAUAGUGACCCUUUGAUGGGGUAUCUGGGGGCCUAACGGGGUAGUGAUACUGGGGUCCCGUUUUACCGGUAUGGUGGGGGGGGGGGACGGGUCGUGAUAUGAACUUUCCCCGCUGGAAUAGGACAAAUGGGACAUGGAGCACCGUGUAAUUAUACGUUAGCAGUGUUUGAUAAAUGUCAUGGCUCGGGGAACGGCGCUGACAGGCGAUAUUUCACUGCAACCGGGGCAUAGCAAGGCACAUGGUUCACAACAUGCAACCUGUUCAUUAAUUGUUCAACGUUCAUGCAUUCAAAUUUUCGCUUUAUUCGUUCUGUUCUUGGCGGCGGUGUUCUAUAGAACAACUAACUGUUCUUUUGAGGCCAGUUUAACUUAGGAAAUAUCGCCAGCUGUGUUUUUUUCAGGCUAAUGAAACAAUACACUUUCAUACACUUUCUAACAGGCAUAACAACGCAGUUAAGGUUCCCUUUGGGAUGGGAAGCAUCAUCAUCCCACUCACUCGCUCAUUCCAAAGGGCUUGCAGUGAACGUGGGAGCACUGCUACAUAAAAUGGAACAAGCAAUCGAGGAUACGGGAGUGGGGAGGGUAUGCACCUGUGGGGGAGGGGACACAAUAUGUGAGGGGAGCACCUGAGGGGGUGGGUGGUCUGCAUCAGACAGGCGAGCGUACACAAUCGUCUCGCCAGAGGACUGAUGAAAUCACGAUGGACUGGAGUGGUGACUGGAGUCUCACCGCGGCGUCGAACUGUAGAGCGCUGUGUGCACCAUCGCUGCUAUUACUGCAUCCAAUGUCGUGCCGCCUUGCGACUGCUCCUCGGGUUCCAGCGCCGAACUCUGCUCAACCGAGCCGGACAAUCCUAGUGGCGCGGCGCUCACCUGCGCGCGUGGGCGGCCCGCGCGGCGGCCGCCCGGACUAGCCCGGCGUCACGCCACCCUUCUUUUCUAACAUACCUACUUACCUACGUGCGAACUCGGCCCGCGAGCUGUGUAUAUUGUGAGAUCACCGGUGUACGCUCUGCAUUGGCGUGACCCUCGGCACCAGCGCUGCGACCAUGUCACUGUCAGGCCCACUCCCCGAAAUGGAUGAGUCCAUUCACGAAUUUGCUCAAAGAAAGGUGGUGUGGGGUCUGAGAUGCGAGAGCCGUUUAGCGGUUGGAGUGCUCGCUUCAUAGGCGACGGUUUGUGCCAGCAAUAAGAUGGCCCCUUACCCUAUUCUCACUCACCUCGUUCUCAGUUUGUGUUGGGUGCCGUUUCGCUGUCGGGCAAUGCUGAGCUGCUAAGCGUGCUGAGAGUGAUAUAUCUGUUUUUCAUACUGCAGCUGUCUCGGAUCUGUAGGCAGACGCUGGUGGCACAGCACAGCUUAUAAGGCCGCUGACUGGCUGCCGGAGGUGUAUUGUGUGAACGGGUCUGGCUGGGGCGUGCGAGAGAAUCACUGACUUUGGUACGAGCUUGGCGCUAGAUACAGUUAGAACUGCCUGCUUAGCGUGCACCAAAGGAGUGGAACAGUUGCAGAGCAUGCACUAUAUGCAAAUGGCUUCAACAUGCUGCAUUUGCUGCUAUCGAGGCGUUGAAUAAAUUAGAGAUAAGACAUAUGGGAAACUGUGUUUUAUUUCUAGUUUGUCUGGUUUUUAUUUGAAUGUGUAUUUGGACAAGUUGGAGAUAAGUAUGAACAAAUGGCCCGGUCGAUCAGUUUCUCGCAAUACACUAAUACCCACCAACAA